UAAAGACAGUUGAUAUUAAACGCAGCAGCCAAAACAUUUGGGCCGCAACCUUAAUCUGAACCCUAGAAAUAAAAUCUUAUAUUCCUAUCGACUCAUUUCUUCUCCCACUCAAUCUUCAGCUACUCAUCACAGUCUCUGUCUCUCUCUCCUCCCUUUAACUCAUCUUUGAAGCAGCCGCCAUGCCAGGUCCCGUUAUCGAAGAAAUUGAAACUCAGACAAAGCUUAAGGAUGAGCCCUUGGUGGAGGACGUGAAGGAAGAUGAAGAGCAUGAUGACGGCGCUGCCGAUGAUUCCGAUGAAGAAGAUGACGGCGUUCCAGGGGCAAAUGAUGGUUCCAAACAAAGCCGAAGUGAAAAGAAGAGCCGUAAGGCCAUGUUGAAGCUCGGGAUGAAGCCUGUCACUGGCGUCAGUCGGGUCACCAUCAAGCGAACCAAAAACAUGCUCUUUUUCAUCUCGAAGCCCGACGUGUUCAAGAGCCCAAACUCUGACACAUAUAUCAUAUUUGGGGAGGCCAAGCUCGAGGACCUGAGCUCCCAGCUCCAGACACAGGCGGCCCAGCAGUUCAGGGCGCCUGAUGUGGGCCUUGCCGGGCCCAAGCCCGAUGGCCUUACAUUGUCUGGGGCCCAUGAGGAGGAGGAGGAAGUUGAUGAGGAGGUUGACGAGUCCGGUGUGGAGCCAAGGGACAUCGACCUUGUGAUGACACAGGCUGGCGUGUCGAGGUCAAAGGCGGUCAAAGCCCUCAAGACCAACUCAGGGGACAUUGUGAGUGCCAUCAUGGAGCUCACCACCUAAGGAAGAAAAAAAUAGGUGAAAUAAAAUACAUGGAUUUUAUGAUUCUUGGUGUUUUUUCUUGGAUGGUGGUAAUUUUCUUGGGUAGUUAUGUUCCGCUGUUUUUGCAUUAGUGUUUGGUUCCGACCUCUUUGAUUUCACUCGGUCAAAACUUGAAAUGCAGUAACCUCGGUUGAGAAUUAGCUAUGGAAUGGCUAAUCCGUAGCUACUUUCUUUUUUCCAAUGGAUGAAUUGAAAAUUAUUUCUGUUUGUUCGCCGGAGGGCCGGUUUGUUUGUUAAUUUUACUAGUUACGACUUACGAGAACUAUAUUAAGUCCACAUUCGCCUCUCAUUUCCCACGUGCCAUUAGUGGUCACCUGAACAAAAAUUGACAUUUGCUACCCAUAAAAAGUUC